CAACGGUGACACUGUCAUUCCAUCGCAGACAGAAUUUCUGGGAGUGGUCCGAAAGUCUGAUAUAGUUUACUAAAGUGCGUUUCUUCGUCGCAGUUGAUGCACGAUGUUUCAGGGGAACUGCAAUAUCAUUGCUGGAUUCCUUGCCUUGUGUCUUGAAAUCGGAGUGGCUGCAGCAUCAACAGCACUGGUUUGCCACUCAGGGCAGGCACCGGACCCGGCGUCAAGCGGUGAAUCCCGUUGGAUGAUCCCUACUGAGGAUCCCUGCCAGUGUACGGAGGUUCAGCUGGGUGGGUUGAACAUCCUUCCAUGUCUCCAGCCCUUCAGAGUGAAGUACUGGAACACUCUGUUACGAAGUAGGGAUUCAGAGGAAAUUCAAACUUGGAUGAAGUGUGAAGUUUGCCGAGACCCACUGGGGAUGGAGAAUAGCGACAUACCAGACAACGCUCUGUCGGCAUCAAAUGUUGGUCACACUGGCUAUGGGAUCGAAAGAUCCCGGCUUAAUUUCAAGGCUGCCUGGUGUCCGCGUUCCAUUGACGAGAACCAGUGGAUUCGUAUAGACCUGCAAGCACCGACUACGGUUGCUGGCCUGAUCACCCAAGGAAGACACCACAGUGACGUCUGGGUGACGUCAUACGCAGUGCAGUACAGUGACGACGGGAUUAACUGGAACAAUGUAACUGGCUCUGAUGGAACAACAGCACAGUUCCAGGCCAACACGGACAAUGAGACUCCGGUGACCAACAUCUUUCCCGCGAGUUUGACCACACGCUUCAUACAAAUACGCCCUCUCGCAUGGGCAAGGUACAUCUGUCUGCGUCUUGAAUUGCUCGGAUGUAGAAGCGUAUAAGAACGCUAUACAAACACGUACAUAUUAACGAACCAAUACGAGCGAUUCACUCGUAGACACUCCCCUGGGCCCUGCAGUGCACGGGACUGGGGAGAACUAUUUCUUCAGGAUGACUGAUGCAAUUUCUUGGCGUCCUGAUUGGACAGAGUGGGCUUCACACACGGCUGUAAUGCCGGCCAACACUCACAAAAUUUUGUGACCUUGAGCUUGCAAUUCUCACCGCCUCAUUGGUAUCUUUAGCCGGCGGAUGCUUCUUGGAAAAAAGUUGUCCUUUGAAUUGAAAGCGCCAACACUUCUACCUUUAUUUUGAGGGAGGCUGGGGAUUCAGUAAGGAUGAAAAACUUGAACAAUUAUUGGAAUAAAAUCCCCCUUUUGCCAAUUACCCACCCAACCCAAUCCACGCAAACUAUUUUAUAGGUUUUUGCGUGAGAGUGCAAGCGUCUCAGGUGAAUAUGACGACGUAUACUGCAGUGCCUGGCACAAUGUGUGCCAUGCCGUUAUAACUGAUAAUUAAUAAGUUGUAGAGUGACACACUUUCAAAUUACGAGAGAAUUAUGGUCAUUUACGAGACUGGCGCUGUUUUGAUAAUUGAACUGAUGCUCAUAUGCAGCGCUUCGUUGCUCAAAAUAAUAGUCAAUGGCAGAAAUGAUCAAAGAAACAUUAACAAACUUGGCUUUGUGUAACCAAGGUCAAGAAACAGAAGAUUAAUACGGAUCAUUUCGUAACAUUAUUACAUUUCUUGUCAUUUCAUAGUAGAAAAUAAAUAUUAAGUAUUAAAAAAUGUCAAAAACGUAAAAACAGACACGGAUUCGGAAAAAUCCCAAAAAGUCAAUGUAGGCCUACGUCUCGUGAUUGUGAGGAUACACCAAACUUAUACAUAAAGAUCGAAAUGCAAAAUAUCUAGAAUUAUCUUGCUUAUAAAUUUUUCGAUGACAUUUUGACCGGAAAAUGCUCAAGAAUGUGACAGGUGAAAUAAUGAACAAACUUUCAAAUUGUGAAUUGGAAAUCUCUGUGUGAAUUAUACAAGUAAUUAAGUGGGCAUAACGCAGAAUAAAGAUCAUCUAAGUCACAGCAAAGACAGUAGAAAAAACAGUUGAAAAUUUGUUCACUUGGAUCACACGUUAAUGACUGUUGAUGAAUCGCAGUAGUUUUAUUGGGGGGAUUCAAAGGUUGCUGACUUACUGAUAAAUUCACUUCAGUUAAAUAUUUCCGUCAAAUGAUAAGAAAAAAGAAACAUGAGACUGAAUUUGUAUUAUAUUUAAGAUGUAGACACGCUCUUAAAAGCCGAAGCUUGUUUGAGGUACGUCUUUGAUAUUUGAAUUAAAAGAAAUUAUAUAGUCUGUAUAAACUAAUAUACAUCUGUAUAGAAGCAAACCCAUGAAAACGGUUUCAAGGAUUUGGGAUUGUCAUUUUACGUAUCCUUCGUAAACCGAAUUAUCGAUGUAAUAAUUAAGUUUUAGCGUUGAUGCUCAAGUGUAAAAGAUUGAAUUGUAGAUUGCACGCUAUCUAAUAUAAAUUCAAGUUUCCUCGCAUAUCAUUUUAGUAAGGAACUUUAUAACUGGCUAUCAUUAUAGAGUGUACAAACGAACGAAUGUAGGUCUAAAACUGACUUGAGAUAGCUGAGUAUUGAAUGUAUUUGACGUGUGUAUCAUUUAAGGGAAAUGCUGGAAUUUUAUUCCCAGCUGCAUGCUUGAUUCCCUUCGGAAAUGUCUGAGGUUGCUUUGAAUCGUGUUUCCAAAUCACGAAACAUAACUGUUGAUGAUUUUGGACAAGGACACUUGUGAGGCAGUUAAUUAUGCGAACUGACUUCAACCACAAAAAGUAAUCAUCUUUCAAAUAAAGCACAGCGGUCUUGAUGUCAAGAUCACCUAAGAGUAUGGUGAGGCUAUUGAGCCACUAUAAGCCGUGAGAUUGAUUGAAAGUCAGAGCCCUUGCCCUUACAUGUUCAUGUACUUGGUAGUCCCAUGUCCUUCGGUC